GAACAAACUCAAUUUUCAGACCUGAUUAAGAUCAGGCACAGCAGGCCAAGCUGAGACAGGCAGGUGUGAGAUGCCAUUCUAAAACAGAGGGAGUGAAUACAAGUCUACAUACUGAACACCAAGGUGGAGCCCACGGUGCAGAGCUCUGCAGCCAGCAGACUAGAGAGAGGCAGCUAUGGAGCCCAGCUGAAGUGAGCUGGCCUCCCUGACCCUGCUGCAGCCCUGGUGGCACAGCUCCUUCCCAGAGCUGAGGACAUUUGGAAAACCACUGAUGUGGAAGAAAAUAAAACAUGCCUGAAAUCCUACUGCUGUUAACAAUCCUCCAGGCCCCGCUGUCAGCAGAUUAGAGCUAAUUAAAUUAGCAUAUGGAGCCCCAGCUCCUGCCCUCUCCCUGGGCUUUCUGUACCUCCCGGUUCCUUCUCACGUCUUUCCUGGAUCCUGAAGGAGGUGCUGAGCGAAGGAACAUCAUUCUGUCUCUGAAGCCAUCUGAACAGUUGCAGCUCAAAGUGCUAAUGGGUCUGGCUGUGUGACUGGAGACCUCAGCCUGUGCUUUUUGAAAGUGAGAUGCAAGAAGACCUCCUGCUGACAAUGCCCCUCCUACCACUUCUGGAGGUGCCCCCAGAGUCUGACUUCUUUUGUCCUUUGACCAGAUGGUUUCUCCUCAUCCUGAGAAUAAUGAGCCUUGGCUGCCAGCCCCAAUAAAGCAAGUGUCCCUCCCAUGAAGAAUAGUGCUGGGUCCUGAAGACAUGGAGGCCCUGUAGCCCCAGGGGGAUUAACCAGAGCAGGCUUGUCUUCCGCUCACAACAGAGUGGCUCCCUUGAAUGCAUCUUUCAUUAUGAUUCACACCAACUUGAAGAAAAAAUUCAGCUGCUGUGUGCUGGCCUUUCUCCUGUUUGCAGUCAUCUGUAUAUGGAAGGAGAAGAAGAAAGGGAGUUACUAUGAUUUCCUUAAAAUACAAACCAAGGAAUUCCGGGUGAUGAGGAGUCUGGAGAAACUUACCAUGGGGUCUGGGUCCCAGUCUGCAAUUUCCAGCAGCACCCAGGACCUCCACAAGGGCAGCCAGACCCUCAGCAGUCCUAAAGACCCAUCCAAGACCAAACUAGAGCCCUUCUUCCAGGUGUGGAACAAAGACAGCUCUUCUAAAAACCUUAUCCCCAGGCUGCGGAAGAUCUGGAGGAAUUAUCUGAGCAUGAACAAAUACAAUGUGUCCUACAAGGGGCCAGGUCCUGGUGUCAAGUUCAGUGCAGAGGCCCUGUGCUGUCACCUUCGGGACCAAGUGAACGUAUCCAUGGUAGAGACCACAGAUUUUCCCUUCAAUACCUCUGAAUGGGAGGGUUACCUGCCCAAGGAGAGCAUUAGGACCAAGGCUGGGCCAUGGGGCAGGUGUGCUGUCGUCUCAUCAGCGGGAUCUCUGAAGUCUUCUCAACUGGGCAAAGAAAUAGAUGAUCAUGAUGCAGUCCUGAGGUUUAAUGGGGCACCUACAGCCAACUUUCAACAGGAUGUGGGCACGAAAACCACCAUUCGCCUGAUGAACUCUCAGUUGGUCACCACAGAAGAGCGCUUCCUCAAAGACAGUUUGUACAGUGAAGGAAUCCUAAUUGUGUGGGACCCGUCUGUUUACCAUUCAGAUAUCCCCAAGUGGUACCAGAAUCCCGACUACAAAUUCUUUGACAACUACAAGAGCUAUCGUAAGCUACAUCCUGACCAGCCCUUUUACAUCCUCAAACCCCAGAUGCCUUGGGAGUUGUGGGACAUCAUUCAAGAAAUCUCCCCAGAGGAGAUUCAGCCAAACCCCCCGUCCUCUGGGAUGCUCGGCAUCAUCAUCAUGAUGACGCUGUGUGACCAGGUGGACAUUUACGAGUUCCUCCCGUCCAAGCGCAAGACGGAUGUGUGCCACUACUACCAGAAGUUCUUCGACAGCGCCUGCACGUUGGGUGCCUACCACCCGCUCCUCUUCGAGAAGAACUUGGUGAAGUCGCUCAACCAGGGCAAAGACGAGGACAUUUACCUGCUGGGAAAAGCCACGCUGCCUGGUUUCCGGAACAUUCACUGCUGAGCAUGGGCAUCCCGCUAGGUGCCCUCACCCUUGUCCAUUUUGGCCACCCUGGGCCUGCAGAGGCCGUGUCACCAAACAAUCCUUGCCUGCUCCUUGCAUUCUAGGCCUUCUGUCAGCAAGAGCCCUGGGGCUUCAGGGACCUGAGGGCGAGGGAUCGGGUCCAGCCUGCCCUCCAGCCAUAGAGGGGUGUGAGCCCACAGGCCCCUGCCACACGUGGACGGGAGCACCUAGCGCUCUUUCCAGCAGGGUCCUCCUGUCCUUCCACACGGGUAAAUGCAUUUUCUGCCGGGGCUGCCGAAACUGGGCUGCUUUUUCCACCUGAGUAAUGUUAUCCUCACAAACCAGCAGUCCAUAUUGCUUGAAAUCUGCACCUAGACAUUGAUUUUGUGUUUUAAAGGAAAUCUCCCAAAUUGUGAUUGUGUCGGGUAAAGUGUGGCUCUGGGGCGGGGGUGGGGCAAGUAAGUGGUGCAGGGUGUAGGAAACAGGCCUGGUUCCUCCAAAACAAAGUUGCUCCUCAGGUCCAGGACCCUGGGAGAGACAAUGUUUUAUCAUUCAAGCUGAUCUGGUUGGUCCUUAGCCUGGGUGUUUAGUGCAAAGGAUUUUGAUCAACCUACAUUCCUUUCCAUAUGGAGAUGGAGGUACAGACAGGUAGGAUGCAGUGAGCUCUGCACUGGGGCCUGAGGAGGGGUAGGCUUGCUGUGUCAUCUGUCUGUGCACCCAGAGAGGAGGGCACACUGUCUGUGGGUCACAGCGGGCAUCGCAGAGCUAGGGCUGAGGAGCGGAUUUUAGAGGAAGAAGAGAAACAUGCCAAACAGAUUCUGUCUGAGUCAUUUGAGCUGUGUCUUCCUCUAUUAUCCACAUUUAUUCUCUGAGUUCUGCCUGAAUUUACAGGCUCACAUUAUUUUUUGAGGAAAACCUCAACCCAUGUUUGAGGCGGUGAGUGCAGCCCCCUGGCAGAUAACAGACAUGAACGUUGCCAAAAACCUGGUUGGCCGGCCCUGACCCUGUGCUACUUACUGGGUUUGUACACUCUGUCCAUGUCUUCCUUUUUAAUUCCCACCUCCAAACCUCCCACUAACUGCCGUCUUGUUCUUUCCCUUUAGAGUGGUCUUCCCCCUCCCAGAUUGCCUCUAAGCAUUUUCUCCUUGAAGAAUAUCUUGACCGACUUCUUUGACCUUCAUGGGCCUUCUAUGAAAGGUUUCUCAGGGAGUGGGGAUGGGGUUCCCAAGAACUUAAUAUUGCUCUCAUUGGUCCGACCCUUAGAGACCAUCACUGAUUUUCACAAGAUGGAUCAGAUGGCCUUGUCCUCUGCUGCUCUAGCGGGGGGUUCAGGGCAGUCCCUCAGCAGAAGUUCCCCCACUGUGGUCUGCAAACGCUUUCUAGAUGGUUUGCUCAUCCCUGCCCUCUGGUGGAGAACCACCCUGGACUGGUACAGCGUCUGGUGUGGAGAAAGGAAGGACUUCUUCAAGGUUACUGAGUAAUGCUGUAGGGCCAGGCCUCCUACCCCAGGCCUCUGGACUUCUGGAGCUGACUCCUCCUGCUCAGGAGCCUCUACUGUGUGCGCUCGGGACCAGCCCCGGGAGCUGGAGUACUUGGAUGCUGCCCAUUGCUCAGCUUUGAUGGGCAGUGGAACAAGCCUGGAGUGAGAAGCCCUGGGUUUGCAGAUUGAAGUUCCCCUAUUCACUAGCUAUGCCACCAUGGGCCCCUAUUUACUAGCUAUACCACCAUGGGCAAAUUCUCCCAUCUGCGCCUCUGUUUCCACAUCUGUAAAACGGGGGUGAUAAGCCUCUUUCACAGGGCUAUUGUGAGUCACAUGAAACACCUGCCCUGACUCUGCUCCUGGCAUCUAACAGGUGCUUAGUACAUGGCAGUGUCCUUCCUUUCCUUACUAAGGACCUGCUCUGUGCUCACACCUGGGCAGUACCCUGCUUUGAAGGAGGCCAGAGAUGGGGUCUUGUCCUUAGGGAAUUAACUGUCCUAUUGGGAGGCAACGACUAUCCUGUUUGGAACAUCCAGGAAAGCCUCUGAGGCAGUGGAGGGGGCAGGGCAUGCCCCUCCUCUGCCCUGCCUGCAGCCCCGCCCAGGCCUGAUUCUGCUGGGGAAUGGGGGAGGGGCACACGGGCUGCUAACUGCCUUGGGAAUGGUCUUGUCUGCCUCCCGGGGCCCAUGCCUUCUGGCUUGCUUUUUGUUCUUAUUUGACUCGCUCCUUACAGUCUUGGAAUCAUGAACACUGAGUGCAGGGGAAGGUGUCACUCCAUCAGCAGGAGAUAGAUGUUGGUGUGGACACUGAGACUACACUGGGUAGAUGCUAGCUUUUAGUUAUUAAUAUAAGGGAUCAAAUUAAUUUAAGUGUGAUUCUGUGUUCUACAUAAAACUGGUAAAAUGUAUAUAUUGUUGGUCCGGUGAGAUGUUUAAUAUUUGUUGCAGAUGAUUGAAAAACUAGGAGAGCCCCUGUCUCUCAUGGUUCUGUCUCUCUCAGUAGCCAUCUCUUCAUCCUUUUCUACGUGGUCCUCUAAUCAUUUCACCAAUCAGAUAGCUAGGGACAUGGUUUGGAACUGAGACAUUAAUCUCAGAAACCUGAAAAAUGCCUAAGCUAAUUCUGAACUACCCAAAGAUUAUGUAAAAUUUCUAAAUAAAUG